GGCGGCCGCGGCGGCGGUGAGUAUCUGGAAGGCGCCGCCAUGGGGCUCCGUAAGAAGGGCUCCAAGAACCCCCCGGUCCUGAGCCACGAAUUCAUCCUGCAGAACCAUGCGGACAUGGUGUCCUGCGUGGGGAUGUUCUUCGUGCUGGGGCUGAUGUUCGAGGGCACCGCCGAGGUGUCCAUCGUCUUCCUGACCCUGCAACACGGUGCCGUCGUCCCCGCGGGAGAAGGCGCGGCCAGGGGCACCCGGACCCUGUACCACUACGGGGUCAAGGACUUGGCCACCGUGUUCUUCUACACGCUGGUGGCCAUCAUCGUCCACGCCUCCAUCCAGGAGUACGUGCUGGAUAAGAUCAGCAAAAGGAUGCAGUUCACCAAAGCGAGGCAAAACAAGCUAAACGAGUCCGGGCAGUUGAGUGUGUUCUACGUGGUGUCCUGCAUCUGGGGAACCCUCAUCCUCAUCUCAGAGAACUGCCUGGCAGACCCAACCCUCCUGUGGAGGGCUCAUCCCCAUAACCUGAUGACCUUCCAGAUGAAGUUCUUCUAUAUAUCACAGUUGGCUUACUGGUUUCAUGGUUUUCCGGAGCUCUACUUUCAGAAAAUCAAAAAACAAGAUAUCCCUGGUCAAGUCAUAUACAUUGGUCUUCACCUCUUCCACAUUUCUGGAGCUUAUCUUCUGUACUUAAAUCACCUGGGACUCCUUCUUCUGGUGCUGCACUAUUUUGUUGAACUACUUUCUCACCUGUGCGGCCUGUUUUAUUUUAGUGAUGAAAAGUACCAGAAAGGGGCUUCUGUGUGGGCCCUUGUGUUUAUUUCAGGGAGACUUGUGACUUUAAUUGUUUCCGUAGUCACUGUUGGAUUUCAUCUGGCCGGAUCACAGACUCGGAAUACUACGGAUGCUGUUACUGGGAACGUAAAUGUAUUGGCCGCUAAAAUCGCUGUUCUAUCUUCCAGUUGCUCAAUCCAAGUGUAUAUAACAUGGACUUUGAUUACCGUCCGAGUUCAGAGGUGGGUGGAAGAUUCUCUCCAAGCGUCAAAUGUGAAGAAGAAACGAUGCACGAGUAAAGGAAAGUCUAGAAAAAGAACAGAAAAUGGAAUGGAGACUUCAAAUAGAGUAGACUCUCCCCCAAAGAAGAAAGAUAAAUUUUCAUGACGAAUCACAAGCAAACUGAUCAGUGUCUCCAAAGGAAUUGGCUCUUUAAUAUCAGAUGUCUCUGUGCUAGAGAUCUGUUUUCCAGAAUAGUUUGUGCUCUUUGAUUAUAGCUAUUGUCCUGUUUAAUGUAUUUUUUAAGGUAUUUGAGGGGAGGGUGGUUAUUACAAGUGAAAAAAAGUUUUGUUUAAGAGUAAGCUAUUCAUCAAAAUGAUGUCAAAAUACCAUAUUUUGUUUGACUUUUUAAUUUUGUAAUGAUUUAUGGAGAUGAGUAUAAAUUGUUCACUUGUCAGUGGUACAAUUUCUUAUUACCACUAAUUUUAAUGAUAUUGACAGUAUCAUCAAAUUAAUGAUUUGUUAUAUCAAUUUCAUAUUUUAAUGUUCUUUCGCGAUGAAAUGGAAAAAAUCUCAGUGGAAGUCGUCAGUAUUCUUUAGUUUUUAUUUAUUUUUCUUAGACUUUAUAACUGAAAAGCAUUUGUAAAACCACAAAAUAAUCCUGUAUUUUAUUUGAUGGGUAGUAGGGCUACAUUCCCGUUGAACGGUUAAAAUAGGUAACAUAUAUAGAGAUUUAUACAUUAUGCCAUAUAUAUCAAAUCAAGAUAGUAUAGAAGUAUUACUCGAGAGUUAAUUCCCAUCUAUUUAAAAUACUUGUAAAAGGAUACUCAUCAAUUAAAUAUUAUUGAA